AUGUAUAUCAAAUCGAUGGUAUUGGAAGGAUUCAAGUCGUAUGGUAAAAGGAUCGAAAUAAACGGUUUCGAUAAAGAAUUUAAUGCGAUUACAGGAUUUAAUGGUAGCGGGAAGUCGAAUAUUUUAGAUGCAAUAUGCUUUGUUUUGGGUAUUACAAAUCUCGGCCAGGUUCGUGCUACUUCUUUACAAGAUUUAGUUUAUAAAUCUGGCCAAGCAGGAAUUAAAAAAGCUAGUGUUACAAUAACAUUUGAUAAUCAUGAUAGAGAAUCAUCUCCUAUGGGUUAUGAACAUCAUGAAGAAAUUGUAAUUACAAGACAAGUAGUAAUUGGUGGCAAAAAUAAGUAUAUGAUUAAUGGAACAAAUGUACAGAACAAACGUGUGCAAGAUUUAUUUUGCUCUGUUCAGUUGAAUGUAAAUAAUCCACACUUUUUGAUCAUGCAAGGUAGAAUAACAAAAGUACUGAAUAUGAAGCCAAUUGAAAUUUUAUCCAUGUUGGAAGAAGCAGCAGGUACAAAAAUGUAUGAAAAGAAGAAACAAUCUGCAUUGCUCACUAUAGUAAAAAAGGAUAAAAAAUUGAAAGAAAUAAAUGAUAUCUUGAGAGAGGAAAUAGGUCCAAAAUUAGAAAAAUUGAAGGAAGAGAGAAUGCAAUAUGUGGAAUUCCAACGCAUAGAGAGAGAACUUGAACAUAGUAUGAGAGUUUAUUUAGCAUGGAAAUAUGUUGUUGCCUUACAUAAUAGUGAAGAAGCAGAAGAAAAUGUCAUGAUUGUGCAAGAUAAAAUAGAUUCAAAGUUGGAGGCUAUAGCUGAUGGUGUAGAAGAAAUCGAAAGCAUAGAAAAAAAAUAUGCUGAAUUAUUGGAGAUUAAGGAAGCUGAAGAGGGCGAUAAGUUGGAGUCAGCAGAGCAUGAACUGAAGGAAUAUGAAAAGAAGCAGUUUAAAUUAUCAGCUGAAAUAAAUGGUAAUAAAGAAAAUAUCAAAGCAGUAAUUAAAGCAAUUCAACAAACAAAGAAUAACAUAGAAGACGAUAAAAAAGUACUUAUGUUAAAGGAAAAAGAGUUUGGGAAAGUAGGUGAUCUUUUUCAGAAAUUGAAAGAGAUGGAUCAAAAGGAUGCUGAAGCAGUAUUAAAGGCACAAGAGAAAUACCAGAAAAUAAGUUCAGGUUUGUUAGAGAGUGAUGAUGGUGAAAAUGCAACGUUGGAGCAGCAACUAAUAAAUGCAAAGCAGAAUAUGGUGCAAGCACAAACUGAGCUUAAGCAAUGCGAAAUGACACUGAAUCACAAUAGGCAACAGUUGACUAAGAAACAAGAAGAUAUGCACAAUACUGAGAAUGAAUAUAAGAAAUAUAAUAAAGAUCUAGAAGUGAAAGAAAAAGAGUUGGAAAAUUUAAGGAAUGAAUUGGAUAGAUUGAAUUAUGAAGAUAAUUAUGUGGAAGAUCUGAUGAAGCAAAAGCAUACCUUAAUUACUGAAAUAAGAUCAUUGCAUGAAAAAAUUGAUCAAUUUGAAUCAAGAUAUCCUCAAACGAAAUUUGACUAUCGGAAGCCCGAACCUAAUUUUAAUUCACAGUCUGUAAAAGGCAUCGUGUGCAAGUUACUUAAUAUAAAAGACAAGAAAACUGCAUAUGCCUUGGAGAUUGCUGCAGGAGGAAAGCUUUACAAUGUAAUAGUGGAUACAGAAACUGUAAGUAAGAAGAUUCUCCAACAUGGACAAUUACAACAGCGAGUUACGUUUAUCCCACUGAAUCGAGUGGUUGGUAGAUCGAUGGAUCGACAAAUGAUCGAUUUGGCAGAACAACUGGUUGGCAAAGAGAAUGUUCAGUCUGCUUUGUCUCUUAUAGAUUUUUCUGAUGAGAUUAGACCAGCGAUGACCUGGGUGUUUGGUCAAAUAUUUGUAUGCAAAGACAUGGAAAGUGCCAAGAAAAUAGCAUUUCAUGAAAGAAUUAUGAAGAAGUGUGUUACUUUGGAAGGCGAUCUCUUUGAUCCAGCUGGUACUUUAUCCGGUGGUGCUCGAGCGAAAUCUGGCUCGAUUUUAUUAAAAUUGGAAGAAUUGAAGGAAACUCAGAAUGAAUUGAAUAACAAAGAACGUCUUUUGAAAGAUGUGGAGACUACUUUAUCGAAUGUUGAAGUAAUUGCAGAGAAAUAUGCGACUUUAAAACAAAAGUAUGAUUUAUUGAGUUAUGAGAUUGGUAUCAUACGACAAAGAAUACAACAAACUACUUAUCAUAAGAUCAAAGAAGAGGUGAAUUCUUUGAACACAGCUAUUGAGGAUCUUAUGCAACGGAUAACCACAGCAAAGAAUUUAGAAAUAGAAAGCACAAAACGUGCAAGAGAUAUAGAAUUGAAGUUGAAGGAUGCUGUAAAUAUUCGAGAAGAACAAUUAAAGGAGGCUGAAAAUCAAUUAAAUAUUUUAAAGAAAAAGGCCGAAAAGAGUCAUAAAGAAUGGCAAAAUAGGGAACAGGAAUCGGAGACGCUUGAAUUAGAAAUUAAAGAGUUGAAACAGACGAUCGAAAGCGGUAAUGAACAAUUAUUUCAGACAGAGAAAGAAAGCAAUAUGUAUAAGGAAAAAGGGGAAACUCUUGAGGAAGAAUUGAAAGAAGUGAAAAUUAAAGUUGCAGAACUGCAGAGUAUGGUUAAAGAACAAAAAGAUAUCAUUAUAAAGCAAAACAAAGAUAUGCGAAAGUUGACAACAAAAAAAGAAGACAUUAUUAAACAAAAUAAGGAAUUUGAAUUGGACAUUAAAAAAUUAAAUCAUGAAAUUAAUGCCAUCAAAAAAUGCGCGACAGAUUGUAAGCACAAAGUUUCAGAAUUCACACAAAGAUAUGAAUGGAUUAAGGAAGAGAAAGCUUAUUUUGGAAAGAAAGGAGGAAUAUAUGAUUUUGAAGUUAAUAAACCAGAUGAAAUGUCGCAAAAAAUACAGCAUUUAGAAGGAACACAUGACAAAUUAAGCCGCAAUAUAAAUGUACGGGCCAUCAGUCUUCUUGACAAAGAAGAGGAACAAUAUAACGACACGAUGAAAAAGAAGAAAAUAGUUGAAAAUGAUAAGAUAAAAAUUCUUGAAACCAUUAAACACUUAGACGAAAAGAAGAAACAAAUUUUAGUUAAAGCUUGGGAACAGGUAAAUAAAGACUUUGGCUCAAUAUUUAGUACAUUACUACCAGGAGCCAAUGCUAAACUAGAACCACCGAUGAAUCAAACGAUAAUGGAUGGUUUGGAGGUGAAAGUUGGAUUUUCGGGUAUUUGGAAAGAAUCAUUAGGAGAAUUAUCCGGUGGUCAAAGAUCAUUAGUUGCCCUGUCAUUAGUUUUGGCUAUGCUUCUUUAUAAACCGGCUCCGUUGUACAUUCUGGACGAAGUAGAUGCCGCUUUAGACCUUUCACAUACGGAAAAUAUCGGUACAAUGUUAAAACGGCACUUCAAGUGUUCGCAAUUUAUAGUUGUAUCUUUAAAGGAUGGUAUGUUCAACAAUGCUAAUGUCUUAUUCACAACUAGAUUUAUUGAUGGUAUGUCAACGAUAUGUAGAACUGAAAAAAUCCAACCUAGAUAAUUCAUCAUACAUAUAAAUAUCAUGCAUAUAAAAUUUAUAUAUUUUCACGCAGGAAUUCUUUAUUUUUUUUA